UAUUGUUUUUUUUCCGGUGUAAACAACGUGUGAACCAUAGACCUAGAAUCUAGAUCUAGAUCUAUAUCAUUCAUACUAUGUCAGUGGUGUGAAAAAGUCACCUGUAGAUAUCUUUUUGAUAUAUUUUUAAAGAUCUAGACUAGAUCUAUAUUAAAAUGGGAAAAAGAAAAUGGAAGGCCAAAAAGAUGGAAAAGAAACUUCGUAAAAUUCAUUCUGGUGGUGGUUCUGAUAAUUCAAAUUCUCAAGAUAAAACUGUUAAAACAAAAAAACGUGCCAAGCCCAAGAAUAUACGAAAAAAUAACGUCAAUGUAGAUCGAAACGUUAAUGAAGAAGAGAAUGUCGACAAAAAUGUCUAUAAUGAGGAACAAGACCAAUCAGAAGAUUCGGAAGGUGAAAUGGCUUCUGCUAAGAAAUUAGCAGCAAUCAAGAAUAAGAAAAAAUCAGGAGGGUUCCAGUCUAUGGGCUUAUCUCAUCAUGUUUUAAAGGGUGUUUUACGGAGAGGAUACAAAGUGCCAACUCCUAUCCAGAGAAAGACCAUUCCAGUCAUUCUAGAGGGUAAAGAUGUUGUAGCUAUGGCUAGGACAGGCAGUGGCAAGACUGCAGCUUUUCUUGUGCCAAUGUUUGAGAGACUUAAAACUCAUUCUACUUCAGGGAUUCGUGCAAUGAUAUUAUCUCCCACAAGAGAGUUGGCUCUUCAGACAUUGAAGUUUGCUAAAGAGAUUGGAAAAUUUACUGGACUGAAGGCGGCUGUUAUUUUAGGAGGAGACAGGAUGGAUGACCAGUUUGCAGCACUACAUGAUCAUCCUGAUAUCUUAAUAGCCACACCUGGCCGUCUGCUUCAUGUUCUGGUUGAGAUGGGCAUGAAACUGAAAGCUGUGGAGUACAUUGUGUUUGAUGAAGCUGACAGACUCUUUGAGAUGGGUUUUCAAGACCAGCUACAAGAAAUCAUUCAUAGGCUACCAGAUUCCAGGCAGACGUUGUUGUUCUCUGCUACGCUGCCCAAAUCUUUGGUAGAGUUUGCCAGAGCAGGCCUCACUGAUCCGACAUUGAUCCGACUGGAUGUUGACACUAAACUUAGUGAAAAUCUUCAGCUGUCGUUUUUCUCAUGUCGUGACUCAGACAAGUGUGCGUUGCUGUUGUAUCUUCUAAAACACAUCAUCAAACCAAAUGAGCAAACAGUUGUCUUUGCUGCUACCAAGCAUCAUGUAGAAUUCCUUCACUUGCUUCUAACUCUGUGUGGACUAAGUGUGACCUACAUUUACAGUUCUUUAGAUCCAGCCGCAAGAAAGAUCAAUGCUGCUAAGUUCUCUCUCGGUAAAUGCAAGGUGUUGAUCGUGACAGACUUGGCAGCUAGAGGUAUAGAUGUUCCACUGCUGGAUAAUGUCAUCAACUUCCACUUCCCUGCAAAGCCCAAACUGUUUGUUCACAGAGUAGGUCGUGUGGCUCGAGCUGGACGUAGUGGUAUUGCAUAUUCUCUGAUUGCUGCAGAUGAAAUGGCACACUUUAUUGAUCUUCACGUAUUUCUGGGUCGACCUGUGAAACUUGUGCCCCUGACUCAAAAUACUCCAGUAGAUGAGGAUGGUUGGUUUGGUGAAGUGCCCCAGAGUUUACUUGAUGAUCAAGACACAGAAGUUUGUCAUGUCGUUAAAGAAUCUGUGGAACUGAGUGGUUUAGUGAAAGUUUGUAGCAAUGCUUACAAGAAGUACAGUAAGUCAAGACCCAAUUCAGCCAAUGAAUCAGUGAAGAGAGUCAAAGAGCUGGUGGAGAAUGCAGUUAAAGUCGGAAUCCAUCCUAUGUUCAGCAAAUUGGAUGUAGAUGAAAAAGGUGCCAGACUGGACAUGUUGAAUGCUUUAAAAAACUACAGACCAAAAACAACAAUAUUUGAAAUCAACAGCACCACCAAGAAGGCUGGGCUGGCUGUGAUGAAGGCCAAGAGAGAGUUACAUGAACAGAUCAUCAUCAACAAUGAAGCCAAGAGAAAAGAGAAGGAAGAAAGUUUACAGGCCAGUCUAGGGUUAAGUAAUGUUGGGGCCAGUAAGCGCAAGAUAUCAGAUGAAGCUGACCAAAAGGAAAUUGAGUCAGUAUUUGAUCAUGUGGUGUCAUCAUGUUCUAAACAAACCAAAGUUGAGCCCCCAGCCAAGAAGAAGAUGAAACUGGGGGUCGAGGAAGUGAAAGAUAAAGAAAACUAUAUCCAGUACAGGCCUUCAGAUUAUGCCACAGAGAAAGGCUUAAAUGUUGGCAACAGUUUUGAGAAACAAGCCACCAGUGCAGUGCUGGACUUUACAAAUGAGGAUGAAAACAAAACAGUUAAAAAAAAGAGAUACUGGGACAGAAAGAAGAAAAAAUUUGUCACAGAUUCUGGUGAUCAACAAAAAAAACGAAUAAAAACAGAAAGUGGAAACUGGAUUUCAGCUUCCUAUAAAUCAAAUGCUUAUAAUGAAUGGAAACGUGCCACCAAGUUUGCAGACCUAGAUGAUGAUGAUGAUAAUGAUGGAGAGUCAGAGAAGAAGAGUUCCUUCAAGGGCCAAGGGGGAAAGUUUAGUGUGGUGGGAAUGAAAAGGAGGCACUGGCACACCAAGGGCAGUGAAGAUCAGGCCAGCAGCAGACAGAACAAGAUGAAGUAUAAGAAAGGAAAGAUGGGAGAGUUGAAGUCAGCUGACCAGAUCCUGAAGAACAGAAGAAGAAAAGCCAAGAUACAGAAUUUCCAAAAAUAUAGAGAAAAUGUCCGGGCAAAAAAACAAGGGAAACCACCCAAAGGGAAACAAUCUAAAGGGAAAGGGCGAUAAAUAUUGUUAUUUAGUUAAUAAAUUUAAUUAUUUUUUUUGGUAAAAAGUUGUUCUUUGUUUGUUUGUUUUUUGCCAUCUCGAUGUUAUUAAACAAUCUUUAAAAAC